GUAAUUCCGCUGCCUAAAUUCAGGGGUAGAUUCAACCUUAUUGCGAAAGAGGUUAGUAAACAAUCCGGUACCAUCAAGAGCAUGUCGUCGGAUUCCAGUGUAACUAAGCGUCCUUCCGAAGACGAAAGCCGCGAUGACACGGUGGCGCCAGCAGGUCCGGAAGUGACCAAGAUGGACGAAGUGAGUACCGCUCAAAGCCAGGAAUCGAUGGUAAUGAUUGGAGAACAACAGCUGGAUCAGGAUGUGAUCGAGGACAACUUGUUGAAUGAAGACCCGGUCGAUCUUGGUGUGCAGUCCCAAUCUCCGGCAAUGAUGGAUGAGGACGUGCUUUUGGAGGAAGAGAAAGAAGAUGAAUCGAUGGCAGUAACCAAGAUGGUUGAUGAGCAAAGCACCGAAGCAAUCGAAGAUAUGUUUAUGGAAAAUGUCGAGACUGCUCAAAUCGAUGAUCAAUCCGAAACACAAUCCGCUGGAUACGAGCAGGACUACUUCCAGUCGUUUGCUGCACACGAAGUGGGUCGCUGUUCGUGGGAUAAAGCAGCGAAGCAAAACUACGUCCGCGGAUGCCUCUGGUCGCCGGACGGUUCCUGCGUACUGACGGCGGUCAACAACGAUGGAAUGCACGUUUUUGAGCUUCCAUCGGACUUGUACGGAGUGCAGGAGGUAUCCCCACAGCGACCGGUAAAUCUUCUGGAUUCUGCAGUGCAUGUACGCGAAACAACCCUGGUCUACGACUACAAGUGGUACCCAGGAAUGCACAGUUCCAUGCCGGAAACGAGCGUUUGGAUUGCCUCCAGACAACACGAACCCAUCCAGAUGUGGGAUGCCUACACGGGUAAACUGAGAUGCUCCUACAAAGGCUACAAUGCGGUGGACGAAGUGGAAGCCGCACUUAGCCUUACAUGGUCCCUCGACGGAGGAUUCAUCUACGGUGGAUACAAGAAAAGCAUCAAGACGUUCGACGUGAAAGCUCCUGGCAGGGAAAUUUCUUCGUUCCCUACAAAGGUGACUGCUUCGUGUAUGACGAUCUGCUCUCCGCUUCCGAAUCUGCUGAUAUUUGGAUCCUGGAGCCGGUCUAUUACUGCUUUAGCCACCAACUCGAAUCAGACCAUUCCAGUGGGGAAUAAUUCGCUAGAUUGCAGCCAUAACGCCGGAGUCACUUGGCUGAGAUUUAUUCCCAGGACCAACCUAUUCGCUUCCGGGGGCAGAAAGGACAGCAAGCUGAUGCUGUGGGACAUUAGGAAUCUAGAGAAACCGUACCAUGUGCUUGAGCGGACCUGUGAUACUAAUCAACGAGUUUACUUCGACGCUUCCCCAUACGGUGAAUGGCUCGGAACAGGAACCACCGACGGUAUCGUCCGGGUUUGGAAUCUGAGAGAUAUCGAUGCCGUCAGCAAAUCGUACCGGAAGUAUGACUUCCCUUUGCAUCGAGACUGCUGCAACGGAGUUUCGUUCCACCCGUCCAGACCGAUUGUGGCCACAACGAGCGGCCAGUUCCAUCCUAAUGUGAGCGACGAUUCGUUCGAUGAACAACAACAACAGACAGACAAACCCCAACAAGAAGCGGAAAACUCCCUUACCCUCUGGUGGAUCGGCAAGGCCAUUUCGGAAGAAUGAAACCUGGUUCCCCAGUACUGGAGGACCGGGCAAGACGCAUGGGAGUUUUUUCUCUCUUUUUAACUAUAUGUUUUUGACCACGGUUUUCUUAAUGUUUCGCCUUCCUAAUAGAUUAAAAUCAUCUCCAGUUAAUAUUAAGAAGGAUUAAAUAUUUAUAUUAUGUACAAAAUAACAAUAAAAUUAAUAAAGAAUAGUGAUCUUUAAUUGUAACAAUUUACUGAUUUCCAUUUUUUUUUUAUGUUUUCACCCGAAUCGCAAUACCCGAUCGGGAUCAAAAAUUGGUUACUUGCAGUUACUGUAGUAAAUUGCUUAACUUCGUUCUCCUGUCCUCGGUCUCGCUUUCUAUCGCAUGCAUCUUUUUUUUUUUUUGUUAAUUGCAUUAUUAAUAUAAUUAUUAUUCUUACUAUCGCUUGAGUCGUUCUUAUUAUGUUAUGUAACGAGGAUACAGUAACUCUAUUUUAAUACGAAUGUGUAUUUUGUGUUUCUCUGGUUGUGUUUUUUUUUGCAU